GAGCGGUGCUGUACUCUGUUGCUGGCGGUGCGGGACUCGAUCGAGAGGCGCAAGGCUGCAAGCGGAGUGGGGCAAAGGGGACUCGGAGCAAAGGGCAAGAAGAGCAGGAGCAGCAGCCGAGGCUGAGGAUUGGCUUGUUUGAGAGACAGAGACCGCCGGUUUGCUUGAAAGCAGCCGGAGGAGAGCACCCCUCCAGGACGUCUAGAAAGAGAGUGGAGGAGGAACAGGGCAGGACGCCCGAUCCCCGCUGCCUCUUCCCGUCCCUCUCUGCAGGGACCUGCAGCUGCAACAUGACCCUGGAAGAUCUGGCUGGGGAGCAUCAAGCUUUUGGAAGCAUGGAGAAGGUGGGGGAUGCCCUGGAAGAAGUCCUGAGCAAAGCCCUGACUCAGAGAAGCAUCACCAUUGGGGUGUAUGAGGCUGCCAAACUACUCAAUGUGGAUCCAGAUAAUGUGGUGCUUUGUCUGUUGGCAGCAGAUGAGGAAGACAACCAGGAUGUUGCUUUACAAAUUCACUUCACCCUGAUUCAAGCUUUUUGUUGUGAAAAUGACAUUAACAUUCUUCGAGUGAGCAACCCAAGCCGCCUUGCAGAGCUUCUGCUUUUAGGGGCCGGUGGUGGGGGUGAACAGCCUGCAGACCUGCACUGUGUGCUUGUAACAAAUCCACAUGCUUCUCAAUGGAAGGAUCCAGCCCUAAGUCAGCUGAUCUGCUUUUGCCGUGAAAGCCGCUACAUGGAUCAGUGGGUCCCAGUUAUUAACCUGCCUGAACGGUGACAACAUGUGAAUAAGGCUGAAUUGAAUAGAGAAAAAUUGCACUGAAGUUUCAAGAUACUUUAGUUAUUUGCUCAGGAAGUAAUUUCCCAGCCUGACACAAGGAUUACAGUAAUUGAGGUCAAGUCGGUAGGCUGAGGUUGAACUGCACGUUGUGUGAAACUGAAGGAUGUUUGACAGCACGGUUGGCAAAUGAUGGACUUGAAGCAGAAGCCAUGUUGAGAGAGCAAUAGGAAGCCCCUGGAGGAAGUCAAGAGCUCUGCAAGACGGUUGUGAAAUCAAGGGUGGCAGAGUCCCUUUCAGAACCCACCAAGGGGGCUUGGUUGGAGUUGUAAGAAAGGAAGCUCCUAGUUUCCGUUUUAACUACCUUUCACUUUUGAGACCGAAAAGGGUUUGUUACUCUAGCAACUAUUCUGUUUCAACAUGCUGAUUUCUUCAGUUUUUAUUCUAAGAAAUUAAAUUAUUUUAUGAGACCAGUGAAAGAUUUAUUUAUGCUAGGGAUUUUGUGCACCACUUGUAUUAAAAUGGUUGAACUGCUGCCUUUUAAUUGUUUGAAAUUGGACUGUGCUCACUGAAAUAAAACAUUUAAAAACCA